UUUGGGCAUCAUUAUUUAUAGAGAUUUUUAGCAGUCAAUAGACCAUUGUAAGAUCAAUGCUCCACAAUUUCAUCGGAUCGGCUUUGAAUUCAAAAUGAUCGAUUAUUGAGGGCCAUUCUCACUUGUUGUGCAAUGAACCGCGCAAAUAGCCAUUGCCGUGAAGGCGAUGUUCUUAUAUCUAGCGGUGGAAAUGAUUUGUCUCCUAUUGACACUUUAAGAAGGCGGAAGACCCCAACUACUCUACAAGUGAAUAGGCCCACCUGGAAACUACGCAACUUCUAUCUUUCUCUUUCUUCUAAAAGACGAGCAAGAAGUAUAUUUUUGAUUUUUAUCCUCUUACUAAUUGCGUACACAUUAUUGCUACUAAAGAAUGCAAACUUGAAAGCAGACUUAAGGUCAAAGGAUUCUUCAUAUGCUACACCUAAGGAGCCUUGGUCUUUUGACGGUGCUAAGACUUGGUUUUCCGAAACUGCUUCAUUACAGAAGAGACGUUCCCUUUCAACAGAACUGCAAAAGUCUUCGAAUACUAAACAACCAGGAUAUGAAUUUGCUGGCAAUACUGAAGAAACCAAAGAACCUCCAGUUCCGUUUAUCCAGCUGUGGAAACACGUCCACCAUGACAUUACUAUUUGUCGAAUAUUCGGAGUUUGUGUAAGCUCUAAUCGCCUCCAUCUCUUUCUCAAUAGUAGCAAUAUGAAAAAACAGCUUGAAUAUUGUGGUUUAAAACAACAGUACUAUGACAGUAGUGGAUAUGAAGAAUGGCAGAAAGUGGUUUCAAUUGCCAACUAUCUACGUCAUAUUGACAGAGAUUUGGUUGCUUACAUCCCCUUGAGGACACAUAUGCCUCACUUUAUAGAAGAUAUCACACCAUUCAUUGCUUUCAAAGAUAUUUUAGAAGGGCAGAGAACAACUCUGCAUGAGAUGCCCUUCCACAAGAAAUAUUCAUCAGAAGGCAACUUCCCAAUGGUUGAUUGGCAAAAAAGCAACUAUGGCAUCAAUCCUUUCUUUUUGUUCGAUAAUUCUGGUUUUCAUCGUUUCAAUGGAAGUUGGACACAAGACUUUCUUGCUUUACUCCUUGGAAAGGUUGACUUGUCGUCUUUUGUUGAAAGCAUUAAUAUCAACGCUAGCAUGAAAUGCUUCAGAAGCGUAGUAACAGGCAAAGGCUCAGAUGUAAAAUAUCUUUUGAAUAGCGAAAAUUCCUUCUUUAAAGUGAACAAUUUGAGAAAGGAGGCUAGAACGGCUUCGUACUGGUGCGAGAAACCAAUUCAAGUGACAAUAUUGUCACGAAAAACAAACAAUGCCAGGACUCUGGUAGGAGCGGAUAAUUUUGCAGAGAAUAUUCGUAAACUUCAAGUCACGAAGGAAUCCACACAAGACAAGAAGACUUGUCACAUGACAUUCCACUGUCAAAUCGUUUACUUUGAAGAAAUGACAUUUUUGGAACAAGUUUCGAUAAUGCAGAAGACAGACAUUCUCAUUGCAGUACAUGGGGCUGGAAAUACAAAUAUCGUGUUUCUUCCAGAGAAUUCGGUUCUCAUUGAAAUUUAUCCUUUUGCUUACAAGGCUAAUAUUUUUGAAGAAUUAGCCAGAAAAUAUCUUCUUAGAUACGACUUUUUAAUAGCAGAGCCAGAUACUAAAUCAUUCAAACAAUGCUUGCAAAAAAUCACACGUUCGCAUCCGGAAUUUGAAGUGAAGGCGAAAAGGUUAACAAGUCAAUGGGAUGCUGCUGUCACAAAGUUUAGAGAGGGAGAUCAUUCUCAUCGCCUCAAGAUGGAGAAUCCUAAAGUGAGUGAUCUCGUACCUUCAAGCAGAGUUUGUGCGAGAAAUCAAUCGCUGAACAUACCUUGGAGGGAUCUGUGUAAUGUAAUACAGAAACAAGUUAUUCAAAAUUCAAUUGACAAUCGUGACGAUAAAAGCUCAGAAUGCUACAAAGAGACGGUCAUCUUAGCAGUUGAUAUAGACUUUAAGGAUCUCAUAUCCUAUUUUGUAAGAGUAUAUGCCACAAAGGCUUCUCUGAUUCCUACAGGUGCCUUACACUGUCUGUAAUCACUUGUAUAGUUAGAGUUGUAAGCAAGAGAAUACAUUAAUAGGAAAUGUAACUUUGCAUCAAUUUAAUAGUAAACUAUGUUAUCAAUAU